AGCCAAUGAACCACACAAGUGAGAGAUCACCAGAACUGUAGUCGAAAUCAUUUUAGAAAAGCGAAAGACAGGGCGGUAGUUAAAACGAGAAGAGAUCAUCAUCAUCAUAAAAUUUUCACACUACUCAGCUCGAUUUUGAUAAAUGGGCUAUGUGCAAGAAGCCAGGGAGAAUCACGUCAAAAAGAAAGUCGAAGAAGCAUUGCGCAGCAAAAUGAAGGUGAAAGCACUCAAGGAAUGUGACCAGCUUGCUGCAAAAUAUGCUGAAUGUGCCACGGGGAAAACUAUAUCUGUGAUUUGGCAAUGUCGCAGUCAAGCUAAAGAGUUAAACGACUGUCUUCAUCAGUUUACCAAUGACUCUGUCUUGGAAGAAAUGAAGAAACAGUACACGCUUCAGCAGGACGCUCAGGGUUCUCUAAGAACUUAGUUUAUCAACUGUAGUUUCGAACUGUGUCUUCUCAGUUCUUAUAUUCAGAUUGCUAUAGUAAAUUUGCAAUAUUGAAUUCAUGACUUUGAAAUCUUGUUAUCUGCCAAUUAUUUGCAGAAGAAAAAAGCAAGACCCUCUAUCACUGUUUUUCA